AAAAAACCACAACCUUCAAGAAAAAACCCCAAAAAACAGAGCAGCUCUAAGAAAACAAAAAAUAAAAAAAAGAGAGAGAGAAAUUAAUUUCAAAAGAAAUCUUAAGAUUUAAGCUAUAAUGGAGAUUGAUAAAAACUGGAUUAAAGGAAAAUUGAUCGGAAACGGAUCAUACGGUUCAGUUUACAUCGGAGUACAAGAAUCUAACGGUGUUCGUUUCGCAGUAAAAUCAGCUUCAAAGUAUUCAAAUUCUUCAUUACAAGCUUUAGAGAACGAAGUUGAAAUUCUUCGUUCUCUAUCUUCAUCUUCACCGUUCAUUGUAAGUUACUACGGCGAUGAUGAAACGACGUCGGAUAGGAAUCUUUUUCUGGAGUAUCUUCCUUCCGGCGAUGUGUCAAAAUCUGGUGGAAUCAGUGACGAGGAGUUAAUCCGAUCGUACACGUGGUGUUUGGUUAUGGCUUUGAAAGAAAUUCAUUCGAAAAAUAUUGUUCAUUGUGAUUUGAAAGGUAGUAAUGUUUUGGUCGACUCCAUUAAUAGAGUCGCGAAGCUUUGUGAUUUCGGAUCAUCAAUUCAAGUAGUAUCUGAUUCGGAAUUCCAUCAACAGUUGAAAAUAGUGCCACGUGGUAGUCCGCUUUGGAUGGCUCCUGAGGUCGUCCGCGGAGAAUCACAGGGGUUUGAGGCGGAUAUAUGGUCAUUAGGAUGUACAGUGAUUGAGAUGUUCACCGGAUUUCCAGCGUGGCAAGAUAGCGGGGCCCACACUUUGUUUAAAAUUGGAUACUCUGAUGAAGUACCGGAAUAUCCGUCCCGAUUAACCGAGGUUGCUAAAGAUUUUUUAAACAAGUGUUUGGUUCGUAAUCCGGAAGAAAGAUGGAGCUGUGAUCAGCUGUUGCUACAUCCAUUCUUACUCCCUGUACCUGCAGAAUUUUCUCCUAGAAGUAUCUUUGAUUUGCAGAAUCUCUACUUCUCCGAUGAUGAUGAACACGAUCACAAUCAAUUUCAGGAUGAACAAUCAUUAGUUGAUGAUCACGAAACUGAAGAAAUUUUGGAUAGAAUAGGUGAAUUAGCAACAAUAUCAGGGGUGAAUUGGGAAAGCGACGGUUGGGUGGAUGUUAGAAGCAGUAAACAAGAACAAAAAGAACAAGAGGUUUUUGAAGGGGCUACUUGGGAAUAUUCAGAAAUAUUUGAGGGUGAAACCGUAAAAGAAAAUGAUAAUCUAAUACAUGAGAAAAAUAUUAGCGGUGUAGACGGCGGUAACGGUGAUUCAUAUGGUGGGUUGACAAAGAUAGAAAUAGACUUGCUAUUUUUAUUGAUAGUAGAAGUAAUACAUUUUUUAUCAUUAAUAUUAUUAAUUAAUUCUUUUACAAUAAUGAAUAAAUUUAUACUCCUAUUACGGGGUAAAUAUGAACACUAUAUUUGUGGAUCACUUAAAUAUUAUAGAAGUGUAUAAUUUUUUUCAAGUUGGAAUGUCAGAGCAAGUAGUGGUAACUACUAACUACUAAUUAACCAACUAACCAAUUAACUAAAUAAAAUGAGUUUAAAUUUUGGUUUAUUAUAUUACU